AUGGCCCUCCAGGUCACGAAGACAUUCUUAUUUCUCUUGGCUGUUUUCUUCUUUCUGGACACAGCCAACAAUGCUUUUUUCGACGAGAAAUGCAACAGACUUAACGGGCGAUGCACAGAUAACUGUCAGAAGAAUGAAGAACUUGUUGCUCUCUGUCAGAAGGGUCUGAAGUGCUGUGUGACACUGGCGCCAUGUGGACAGAGCAGAGUCAAUGAAUCGGAAGAUGUGGGGCUCACAGGCAAUCCUGAGUGA